AUGGCCACCCGCGCCGCCCUCAUCCGUCUUGCCCCCGCGCGCGCGCGCAGCCUCACCACCUCUGCUGCCGCCCGCUCCCCUCUCGCCCUCGCCACCGCCCGCUCUGCCCUCCAGACAUCCCCCAUCGCCCGCGUGCCCCGCACCCCAUCAGUGCUUAUCCCCCGCCGCGGAGCCAGCACCGAUGAGGGCGCCCAGACCAUGACCGUCCGUGACGCCCUCAACACGGCCAUGGAGGAGGAGAUGCUCCGCGACGACACCGUCUUUGUCAUGGGCGAGGAGGUUGCCCGCUACAACGGUGCAUACAAGGUUACCAAGGGGCUGCUUGACAAGUUUGGCGAGGACCGUGUUAUCGACACCCCCAUCACUGAGCAGGGCUUUGCGGGUCUUGCAGUCGGCGCCGCAUUUGCGGGCCUCCGUCCCGUCUGCGAGUUCAUGACCUGGAACUUUGCCAUGCAGGCAAUCGACCAGAUCGUAAACUCGGCUGGCAAGACGUACUACAUGUCUGGCGGCAACGUGCCGUGCCCAGUCACCUUCCGUGGUCCCAACGGCGCCGCCGCCGGUGUUGCUGCCCAGCACUCUCAGUGCUACGCCGCAUGGUACGGCUCAAUUCCUGGCCUCAAGGUCGUUUCUCCGUGGUCUGCUGCCGACGCCAAGGGUUUGCUGAAGGCCUCGAUCCGCGACAUUAACCCAGUCUGCUUCCUGGAGAACGAGCUUCUUUACGGCGUGUCCUUCCCCAUGACCAAGGAGGAGAUGUCGGACGACUUUACCAUUCCGCUCGGCAAGGCCAAGGUCGAGCGCGAGGGCACAGACCUGACCAUUGUUGCCCACUCAAAGGCAGUAGGCGACUCGAUUCAGGCCGCCGAUAUCCUCGAAAAGGAAACGGGCAUCAAGGUCGAGGUCGUCAACCUCCGCUCGAUCCGCCCGCUUGACAUCAACACCAUCAUCGCGUCUAUUAAGAAGACCAACCACCUUAUUACUGUCGAGGGCGGGUUCCCUGCGUUUGGUGUUGGCUCCGAGAUCAUUGCUCAGGUGUGCGAGUCGAGCGCGUUCGACUUCCUUGACGCCGCGCCUGAGCGCAUCACUGGCGCCGACGUGCCAACUCCUUACGCUGAGACUCUGGAGACACUCGCUUUCCCAACUCAGGACCUUAUCGUCAAGACUGUCAAGCGCCACCUGUACCGCUCUUAG